CUCUUCCGUAGAUGAAACGUCUAGCGAAAAAAGCGCUGAAUUUUAAUUUUAAAAAAGAGCCAGAAAAUGAAGUUACUUUACCUUCUCCUAGGAGUGUUAAAUCCAUGCCUUACACAGCCAUAGCCACAGUUUGUCAGGAAUCUAAAAAUAUAUUUGCUGUUUCUGUCAAUGUCAUGAAAAAUUAUCUUGGCCAGCCAUAUUAUCCAUUCUUAACCUAUCCAAGACAGUUAUAUCCAUAUAUACGAUAUUUGUGUGGAGAAGAAAAUGUAUCUACAAAAAGUGGUCUAUUAGAGGACGAAAUACAAAGAGUUUAUGUGACAUUGGUUUUAAGAGAAGGAAAGAUUGUUCACCCUAAAUAUUCUGCUUUUUCUCGUGUUUAUUGCAAGAUUUCAGUAUCACAUGGACGUACAGAAUAUACUUCUGUUAAGGAAAAUGAAACAAAUUUAUUCUGGGACGAAGUAUUUAAAUUGGAUGUGCCUUCAUAUGAAAAUAACGCAAUAACUAUAGAAGUUUGGUCAGCACAUCCCCAACAAACAACAGAGACACCAUCAGUUGCUGAUGAUGAAAAACCUGUGGAUGCUCCAGCUACACGUUAUCGCAUUGGAAGUAUUACAGAACCAGUGAAAAAUCUUCCUUGUGUUGGACGUGAGAUGCUGUGGACAAUUAGAAAAGGACCUCGAAGGAUGAAUACUAGAGGGCAAUUGAGUUUAUUUGUUCAGUUAGGUACACCAAAAGGACCAGAUCAUGUUUUGCACGUUAUAAUGCAGAUGGAAAUAUUAAAACAGUGCUAUGUGAAACAGCUGCCAUCAUUACAGAUUAAUAAAAAAUGGAAAAACUGGCUUGAAGUUCUUCCAAAUGCAGCUGUGACAUUGCUACAACAGCAUGCCUUGCAACAUGGUAUUACUCCUACUGAGCAAUGUGUUUGUUCAUGGAUUGUUGCCUCAUCACUGAAGAUCCAUCAAGAGGACCGUAUAAGUUUUUACUUCUUGUAUACACUUUUAGAAGGAUUGAUUGCUGAUAUUUAUGAUGAUCCUAUAGAACCGUAUCUAGAAGAAGCUUUGAGUAGUGGUGCUGCAAAAUUUGCCGAAUACAACAAAUCAGCUUUAGGAAAUCUUCAUAACAGUUUUGAAGUUCAAAUUAUUGAAGAAGCUGAUGAAUUAUUCUAUUUAUUAAAAGCGAUGUGUGGGGUGGAAAUGCAGACAUAUAGUAAUUAUUUGGAUUCAUACGUAGUUAUUGCUGGAGAAAGUCAUACAUGGUAUUUGAGUGUAUUUGCCCAGUAUCAAGAUGAUUUAAAGGAAAAUGACACUUCUGUUGAAAUGGUGUGUGACAUUCUAAUGAAGAUAAUAAAAAUUUUCUUAAAAAAUCAAAUCAUACUUGAUGAUAUCUUUACUAGGGCUUGGAAUGUGAGCUACUCAAAAAUUACAUUCAAUGAAUUGGAUGCUGUGAUUAAUGAUACAAUAAAGCCAAUCAUUCAACACCUAAUGGUCCUCAUGAGGGAGCCAGAUAGGAAAAGAGUAAUAAAAGAAUCCUUGCAGUUACUUCAAUUAUACCAUAAUGUCAGAAAUUUAGUCCAGUAUGUGCUUAAUGAUUUGCCUUCUGAAAGAGCUGUAUUAUCAAUGGAUGAAUUUUCUUCAUGGUUUGGAGAAGAUCUUAUUCUUGAAUGGUUUUUACUUUGUGAUAUGUAUACAAAGCCUUUCAUCAAAAGAGCUGUUGUUGCUGAUAAUAUGGAACGUUUGAACAAUAACAUUCCCCAUGGAACUUCUGUGCCAGAUGUUGUAUCUAUAAUUGAUGAAAUGGUUGUUGAUGUCUGGACAAAGUUGUCAUGGGAAGAACAAUUUUAUACUCAUGCUGCUUUAUUAGAUGCAGUGAAAACUUGUGUUAUGGAUUAUGUCCAGGCUGUUUAUGAUAAGCUUUGUGUAGAAGACUUUUAUGGAGCAAAAAUUGAUUUAGGAAUUAAUCAAAAGCUUUGUGUGGCCAUGAGUAAUACUUAUGCUGUAUUUGAACAUCUUUAUGCUACCAAAAAUAAAAUUAAAGGAAUUCUGAGAAUUGCCGAAUCAAAAUAUGGUUUCACUAUUAUGGAUCCUAUGGCCAGCAUUGGGAAUCAAAUGCAGAUAGAGAUCUCGGCUAUUUACUUGAUUAUCUUAGAUGAAAUAAAGAAAAUAUUUGAAAAGUUCAUUAAAAGAGUAUUAAGAGGCACUCUGGAUAUUUUUAUGUCAAGUUCUACAAUAAUUGCAGAGGCAUGUGCUUACAUAGAAAAGGUUCUAGAAAUAUUUUACUUAAAUUUGAAAGCUGAAGCAUUUUAUAUUAUUCUAAGGCAUAUAUGGAUAAUUGCUAUUUCCAGUGUAAAACGUGGAUUGGGAUAUUAUAAACGCUGUUCAUUUCUCAUAUUUAGGAGAAAAACUGCCUUUGUGGCAGCUUUACAAACAUUAACUCAACUCCAAGAAAUAUUUUACUGUGAUGGCCAUGGUCUGUCAUAUCAAGAAUUAAGAAACCCAAUUUUUGAAGAAUUGAAGCAGAAGAUUGAGGUCAAAUUGAAAAUUCAAGAUAAAGCUCUUUUACAAAAAGCAUAUUUAUGUGUUUAAAAGCUCUAUGUUCAAACGGAAUAUUGAAAAUAUGAACAUUGAUGUUCUUCUAAAAGAUAUAUUACUUUACUCAAAAAAUUCUU